AUGUUUGCUUUUGAAGAAGCUGUUCUCGGUUUAUGUGACAAUCCCCAAACUACCUUGUCCGACAAUGACGACGAUCGAUCCUCCACAUCCACCUUAGCCAGCAACAACAUGGCGGCCCAUUCCAAGGCUCACGACUAUACAAUGGCAAUCGACCAAAAGUACAUUGCAUCCGUUGUCGACGAAUCCUAUCGCAAGAUUGGGAGCGAUGACUUUGAUCGUCUAUGUGUACUUGGACGUGGAGCGUUUGGCAAGGUGUACCUUGUGCAGCAUCAGACUUCACGUUCUUUAUAUGCAAUGAAGGUGCUUAAAAAGGCAUCGCUCAGACUACAUGUCAAUCACAUCAAGACCGAACGAGAGAUCUUGGAACAAGUGAAUCAUCCAUUUAUUGUUCAAUUGUAUUACGCCUUCCAGACGGCUGAUGAAUUGCAUAUGAUCCUUGAAUACGCUAUGGGUGGUGAACUCUUUCGUUAUCUCGAUCAAGCGGGCACAUUUACAGAAUCGAUGGCUGCUUUUUAUGCGGCUGAACUGGUACUUGCACUCAGCCACUUGCAUUCACUUGGCAUCAUUUACCGCGACUUGAAACCUGAAAACUGCUUACUGGAUCGAAGCGGCCAUAUCCUGCUAACCGACUUUGGCUUAUCCAAAACGUCUCUGGACGGCAAAACCAAUACCAUCUGUGGAACAGUCGAGUACAUGGCACCAGAGGUAUUGGCUGGUUUGAAGUAUGAUUAUACUGUGGAUUGGUGGAGCCUUGGUAUUCUUAUCUAUGAUAUGCUCACAGGAUCGCCUCCAUUUAAAGGAGAGGAACGAGAUGAAACGAUGCAUUUUAUCAUGUCCAAGAACGUCAUUAUGCCGUAUUACUUUUCAGCAGAAGCAAAGGACUUGGUUGCAAAGCUCUUGCGGAAAAAUCCUCAUCUACGGCUUGGUGCAAGACGUAAAGAUAUGAAGACGAUCCUAAAUCAUGGCUUCUUUCGAGACAUGGAUUGGGCUGCAUUGCUCGAUCGACGAGUGGAGCCGCCUAUUGUGCCCAUCAUAACGAAUCCCGCAGCGGCAGAGAACUUUGAUUCCAUGUUCACGAGCGAACCAAUUACAACAGCUGACGAUCUUUCUUCAGCCGAGAUACAACAACAACAAUCCUCAUUUGCUCUCCACCACUUUCGCAAUUUUAGCUAUGUUGCCGACAUAUCCGUAUACUCCUGA